GCAGGCGUUGCUGCAGUCUCCCAGCACAGGCUGACAUGAUAUGAGAGCUGAAAUAAAGAUAGAUUUUGCUUGAAAUUCUGAUUUGGGGUGGGGGUUCCCGGCUUGCUAUUUAUUUUCCUUCUUUUUUUCUUUUAUUAGAUUUAUGCCUAAUACUGUAUGUGCUGACAUCAUUUGAGGGUUGGUGUCAAUUAGUGUAAUAUUUCUUCCAUACCUGGAGUGGAGCAUCACUACAUGUAACAAGAUAUGCCGUUGAUCGGAGGAUGGAUUGGCUAUGGGUGAAAGUAAACGUGACCCAUAUGUCAGAGUUUUAGGAUGGCCAGUGAAGGCUCCAGCAUCCCCAGUCCUGUCGUGCGUCAGAUUGACAAACAGUUCCUGAUUUGCAGUAUAUGCCUGGAUCGCUACAAGAACCCUAAAGUACUCCCCUGUCUACACACCUUCUGUGAGAGGUGCUUACAAAACUACAUUCCUGUCCAUAGUCUGACCUUGUCGUGCCCAGUGUGCCGCCAGACGUCCAUCCUGCCAGAGAAGGGGGUUUCCGCUCUGCAGAACAACUUCUUCAUCACCAACCUGAUGGACGUGCUGCAGAGGUCGCCGGACAGCAGCAGCGAGGACUCCACCACCUUGGAGACUGUAACCGCUGUGGCCACCGGCAAGCCACUCUCCUGCCCCAACCAUGGAGGGAAUGUGAUGGAAUUUUACUGCCCCUCGUGCGAGACAGCGAUGUGCCAGGAAUGCACAGCGGGCGAGCAUGCCGAGCAUCCCACUGUCCCUCUCAAAGAUGUCGUCGAGCAGCACAAGGCUUCUUUACAGGAUCAGCUGGACGCUGUCAAGAACAGGCUGCCUGAAAUAGACUCGGCACUUCAGUUCCUGUCUGAAAUCCUGCAGCAGCUCACCAGCCAGAAGUCCAGCAUUGAGGAAGACAUUCACUCCACCUUUGACGAGCUCCAAAAGACCUUGAACGUGCGGAAGAGCGUGCUCCUUAUGGAACUCGAAGUGACGUACGGCCUCAAACAAAAAGUACUCCAGGCACAACUGGACAAUCUUCUCCAGGGUCAGGAGGGCAUCAAGAGCAGCUGUAACUUCACAGAGCAGGCUCUGCAUCAUGGCACCGAGACAGAGGUGCUGCUGAUAAAGAAGCAGAUGAGUGAGCGGCUGAGCGAGCUGGCCAGCCAGGAGUACCCUCUGCAGCCUGAGGAGAAUGAUCAGCUGGACUUCCUCAUUGAGACUGAGGGCCUCAAGAAGUCCAUCCACAACUUGGGCACCAUCAUCACCACCAACGCCGUGGCCUACGAGACAGUGGCCACGGGUGAGGGGCUGCGGCAGUGUGUGGUGGGCCAUCCCACCUCCGUCACCAUCACCACCAAGGACAAGGAUGGGGAGCUGUGCAAGACCGGAAACGCCAGCCUUGCUGCGGAGAUCUUCACCCCUGACGGGAGCAUGGCGGACGGGGAGAUCUUGGACAACAAAAACGGCACUUAUGAGUUCCUGUACACUGUACAGAAGGAGGGAGGCUUCACGCUCUCGCUCAGACUCUACGACCAGCACAUUAAGGGCAGCCCCUUCAAACUAAAGGUGACCAAGUCCACCGACGUGUCGCCCACCACAGACGGGGUUAAGAAGCGAGUCAAGUCCCCUGGCAGUGGACACGUGAAGCAGAAGGCUGUAAAAAGGCCGGCUAGCAUGUUCAGCACAGGGAAGCGGAAAGAGAACCCCAUUGAGGACGAUUUGAUUUUCAGAGUUGGUACCAAAGGAAGAAACAAAGGGGAAUUCACAAACCUUCAAGGUGUGGCAGCCUCUUCCCUUGGAAAGAUUUUGAUUGCAGACAGUAACAAUCAAUGUGUACAGAUAUUUUCAAACGAUGGGCAGUUUAAAAGCCGGUUUGGUGUCCGUGGCAGGUCUCCAGGACAGCUGCAGCGCCCUACAGGGGUGGCUCUCCACCCCAGCGGGGACAUCAUCAUCGCAGAUUAUGACAACAAAUGGGUCAGCAUUUUCUCAUCCGACGGGAAAUUCAAGACUAAAAUCGGUUCAGGAAAACUUAUGGGGCCCAAAGGUGUGUCGGUGGACCGGAAUGGUCACAUCAUUGUGGUGGACAACAAGGCCUGCUGCGUGUUCAUCUUCCAGCCCAAUGGGAAGAUGGUGACAAAGUUUGGUAACCGUGGAAACGGGGACAAGCAGUUUGCAGGUACACUUGAUGGUCCUCACUUUGCUGCAGUGAAUAACAAUAAUGAAAUCAUUGUUACUGAUUUCCAUAACCAUUCUGUCAAGGUUUUCAAUCAGGAGGGAGAAUUUAUAUUGAAAUUCGGGUCCAAUGGGGAAGGAAACGGGCAGUUUAAUGCCCCAACAGGAGUAGCUGUGGAUGCCAAUGGCAAUAUUAUCGUGGCAGACUGGGGGAACAGUCGAAUACAGGUUUUUGACGGCAGUGGAUCAUUCCUCUCCUACAUUAAUACAUCAGCUGAUCCUCUGUAUGGUCCCCAAGGUCUGGCCCUCACCUCCGAUGGCCAUGUUGUUGUAGCAGAUUCCGGGAACCACUGUUUUAAAGUAUAUCGUUACUUACAAUGACAGCAGUCUGCGCACCGUCUCCUGCCUCCAUUUCCCUCCAGGCCAUCUGGAUGCAUCUGCACUUACCAAACUAGUCUGCCAUCCACUGGGGUUGGAAGAGAGUCACUUGCAGCUGUUCUUUGUUGUGGCUUCUCCUUUGCCCCUCUGCAUUAACGUCAUGAGAUCUAGAGAAUUCCUUUGCCUAAGAUUUUCAGUGUCCGUCCUCGUACAGCCUGCUUUGAGCAUCAAGUGCUUUAGUGAAACAUGAGGACACCGUGCCAAGUUUAAAAUAAAUACAUAAAUAAAUCUUAAACUUGAAUAUUAAUACUAUGUUGUAGUCUACUACUACUUGUAUAGUUUAAGAGCAUAAUCUAUUGCGCUAGCUGAAAUCUUGCGCUUUCUGAAUGCCUGUAUGCUUAUGCAAUGCUGUAGUUUUUACUAAGUUUCUCUUUUGCAAAAAAAAAAGCAGGAAUGCGGAAUGCCUGAUGUUACUCUGUUGUUGUUAUUGUUUGAUUGAUUAACACUCAUUAACAAAGCAGCAAAACUGAAAAUUACAUCAGUAAAACAGCAUACUGUAAGGUAUUUGGGACUUGAGAAAGUGUGUGGCAUCUUAAUUAAAAGAGGGAAAUAAAAUGGGCAAGAUGAUAUCUUUGGAUGUCUCUUUACUCAAUGAGCAGCUCUAAGAAAAAGGAUUGCACUUCGAGCAUUUCAAAUUGUUAUUUAUGUUUACAAAGCCUGGCAGUUAAGCGCAGUUUAUGUUUAUGUCCAUGAUUUACAUACAUGCUUUAACAUUUAACUCGGCCUUCAAUUUCACUGAAGCAAAAACAGCUAUCAUUGUAAGCUUCUGUAAUUAUCAUGAAACAAAGUGUUUGGGGAACCUGAAGUGACUAGCCAACAUUUGAUAUAUAAAUUUAUUGUUAAUGGUAAUUAAAUAAAAUAUUUCUGUAAGCUUAUUGUGACUUGACCAGUAUCAUAUUUUUUUUUUCAAAGGCUUCUUGUGUCUCCAAACAUGAUGAGUUUUGUUAGAGUGCAUCUACAGUAUGUGGGGAAUAAACUCUACUGCAUAUUUGACACAAGGUUAUCUUCAUUUAUAAAUAAGAAACUGAUACCAAUUAAUAACCCAUUCAGUGCUCUCUUCAGUUAAAUUGCAUUGAAAUAAUAUCAGUAAGCAAUCAUGGCUUUCAUUUUCUCCCAUAUGUGAAAAGAAUGACUAAAUUGACAAUGCUUAUACCUCCUUUUGCAAAGAUUACUGCAAGUACAAUGAACAAUAUCAAUUAAUACAAUUGGGUCUAUUUAGAUGCAGAUACAGUCGAUGCUAUAAUGUGAAUGCCUUUUUUUUAUUUAUAUUUAUUUGUCAUGUUUUUGUUUGCCAAAUUGGAAAACUAAGUGCCCACAGGAAGCUAUUUAUGUUUAAAUAAAAAGGUGUCUUGUUAAAAAAAAAAAAAAAAAAAAUGCUAAUGUUCUUUUUGGAUUAUUUUUUUUUAUUGAUUAAAUGUGUGCUGUAAAUUCUGGAACUGUAAACACAAGAGGUUUUGUACAUGGGCUCUAAAAAAGGAAUGAAGAUGUGAUUAUGUUGAUCAUGAUGAUGAAUGUUUAGCACUAAGUAAUGUGUGUAAGCAUCACAGCCUUAAAAAGGUGUAUGCUUUUGUAUCCUCCAUUUCACCACCUGAAUGCUUGAUUACCAAUAGCGUGACAUAACCCUGCAGUUAAGAUCACCUUUCACAAUAUACAGUAUAGUGCCCGUUUUAAAUGCUUGCGUUGGCUGUACAAAAUGUUUGAAUUUUUAUUUAUUUUCAAACAUUCCAUGUUGCAAUUGAGUUAAAACCUGUUUGUGUACAGCACAGAAAUAAAGCAUUCAAUGAAAAUCGA